UUCUGAUACAGCCUUCUUUGUCUGCCUGUCUUUUCGUCUCUUUUUUCAAGAUUUUAGACACAACCCUUUAUUCGAUUUAGCAUGAAAGCGCUGUUUAAUUCCAUGGAUCCUUCUAUAUUGCAGACAAAACCAUCAACCCCAUUGUUAUAUGCUGCCACAAGCAGCAGUUGCACCAGUAGUGAAACUGAUGAAAGCCCCGCGACAUCAGACAGGCCACAUUGGAUCAGUCUCUUGCUUAGCCUUGUGUGGAGAAUUCAUCCUCAGUGGUUCACAAGGCAAGGAUAUUAUAGUCUGGCAACAGCCUGAUUUAAGGCAAUUUACGAAGUUUGGACAAGGCGAUGGGUCAGUUAAGGCCCUUGCUAGUAUUGGGAACAAGGUCUUUACUGCGCAUCAAGAUAGUAGAAUUAGAGUUUGGAAAGUUUCAAGAAGCUCUGAGAAUAUAUUUAGGCUUGUUGAUACUCUUCCUACUACUAAGGACUACUUGGGGAAGUUCAUGAAGCAGAGUAAUUAUGUUCAAAUUAGGCGGCAUCACAAGCGAUUAUGGAUUGAGCAUGCCGAUAGUAUUUCUUGCUUGGCAGUGCAUAAUGGGCUAAUAUAUUCUGGUUCAUGGGAUAAGACUCUUAAAGUUUGGAGGAUAUCAGAUUUCAAGUGUUUGGAAUCAAUUAAAGCUCAUGACGAUGCGAUAAACGGAUUGGUUUCGAGCAAGAGAAUCAUAUAUUCAGCAUCUGCAGAUGGGAAAAUCAAGGCUUGGGAAAAGGAAGGAAAGAGCACACAUUCACUUAAAGGGAUUUUGGAGGGCCAUAAAGAUGUUUCAGUGAAUUCUGUGGCUGUAUCUGAAGAUGGAAGCUUGGUUUAUGGAGGUGGCUCGGAUGGAUAUGUAUUAGGGUGGUUGGGAAACAAACUUUUUGAUAGUUGGAGGGUCAUUUGUGAGGUGAAAAUAUUGAGAUUUGUAGUAAAUGACCAAUUAAUCACAGUGUUUACAGAGGAUGAUUGUACUAUGAUCGUCAAUCACAGACCAAAAGAGGAAAGUGAUAGAAAAUCUCUGGCUUCUCCUCGCCAUGUGGCUGAUAUCGUUUCAGUAAGUUGGGUGUCCAAAGACAAGUCAGUGAUGGGAAUGAAUUUGCCAGAAACCAGCGUUAUGAUGGCUAAAGAAAUGAUUCGAGGAGGAUACGAGAUAGGCAAGGGUCUUGGGCAUAACUUGCAGAGAAUUCUAGAACCAAUAGAGUUUCAAGGAAAGAAUGACACCUUUGGACUAGAGUUUCAACCUACUUCCAGGGACAAGAAAGAAAUGCUGGAUCACAAGAGAGCAGAAAUGGAAGGAAAGCAAAUUAUCAGGAAUAUCCCACCACUGCACUACACCUUUCCCUAUCCAUCGGAGGUAAUCGGAUUUGAAUUGGACCCGAUCGAUGAGAUGGAUCAACUUGUCUAA